ACCCAGUCCAUAUUUCAAUAACUCACAAUAUUAACUCCAAAUUCAAACACAAAGAAGCAACACCAAAACAGAAAAAAAUGGAUGAAUACAAACAUUUCAGCCAUCUCCAUGACUUGAAACUUUACCAAAUCCAAGAAGAUCAAACCAACCAACAAUUCCGCUGCUCCGGUUGCUAUUCACUUUGCCAUGGCCUCGUUUACGGUUGUCAGAGCUGCGAGUUCUUCCUACAUGAGGCUUGCGCCACCGCACCCCGCUCACUCCAACACCCAUCCCACCCUUCUCACCACCUCACUCUCCUCCCUUCUCCGACUUACCCCGAUGGCUCCUUCCUCUGCAACGCCUGCGGUGCCACUGGCUCCUCCUUUUGCUUCUCCUGCAUCCCCUGCGACAUAGACCUUCAUGUCGAUUGUGGCCUCUUACCCCAACAACUCGACCUCGAAUCUCAUCGUCAUACUCUCUCUUUACUCUUUUCUCCUCCCUCUAGUAUAUGUAACUUGUGUCGCCGCGCAAUCGACUCUAGAUAUUGGAGUUACAGUUGCUCCACUUGUAACUUUGACAUACAUACUUACUGCGCCACGACCCCGACUGCACCCCCGGUUGGAGGCAUGCGAAAUGAUCGACACCUGCAGUUUCCAGCAGUUGACCAGGAGGAUUACGACAGUGUUUCUCCUGUAGACCGGUAUGGUGGAGCGACAACGGUGAAUCCGCGAGAUGGGGUGGUGGUGGAUCCAUUUCUGCAGGCACAGGCAGAGCUACACGAGCUUCAAAUGCAAAUGCAGAUUGUGAAUGAGAUGGCCAAGAUGAUGGCGUCUGUUAACUUGAGCUCUCUUGCACCAUGAAUAAUAUACACAAACACAUGAUUUUUAUAUAUGUAUUGAUCAUUUGAGUAUAUAUAUAUAUAUAUAUAUAUAUUUAUAUAUGCGUUAUUGGAUUUUAAUUAAUAAGCUGAAAUAUUAAUCACUAUUUUUAAGUUGUGGGUAUGUUUGGAUUAAGAGAAAAUUUCAAAUUUGAACUCCAUAAAACUUCGUUAGAUCUUAUUGAAAACUGUAUAAUUUUGUGAUUGCAUAAAGUUGGUUUGUUUAUGGA